AUGGACAUGACACCCAGAAUUUCCCCACUGCCUUGUAUUGAAGAGGACCUGCUCUUCAAGCAAAACAGUUCUGGCCAAUCACAGACCAGCGUGGUGGAAGUGAUCAACGAGGUGGUUGUGGACGGAAAGGAGAGCGCGAGCGCUGCUGCCGCUGAGGUGGCACAGAUGGAGGAGGGGGUGCUGGUGGAGAAUAGAAUGGCCGUCGUGGAGGUCAAGAAAGAACCAAUAGAUGAGGAGACCAGCAGCCAAUCGUCAGACAGCACAGUGGACUCAGAGGACUACAUUGUGGUUCCCAUGCCAGACUGCUUCAACCCUGAGAUCCCGCUGGACAGUUCCUGUAGUCUGUCCUCUAACACUGAUGUAGCCAUUCAAACUGACGGGCCUCUGGAAACUGCUGACAAUGUGGACUCCAGAUGCUCCACACCGGAGAUAGUACAAGAAAAUGGAACCAUCAGAAUCCAGGACAAGAACGAAUUCCAGCCCAUCCUUCGACCUUUACCAGCACCUGUCAAUCAACUCCCAACAGCCAAUCAGAUCCAGGUUAUAGACCUGACAGGUGAUGACGAUGAUGAAGUCAUCCAGAUAGCUGAUGAUGAGGACGACCUCCCAAUUGGAGCAGCAGCAAGUGACAAUCACUCAAAUGAAACACCAGAGAGCACCCUGGAAGAUACAGUAGUGAAACACCCACCUGAGGAUGUUGCUACUGAUGCCACAGACCAGAACUCCACCAAUGCUGACAAUGAGCUGAACAACAACACUAACGCCAGACGUGCCUCGGACCGCGCCGGUGCACACGCCACCUUCCACGCAGAUGGACCAAUCGUGGACGUCUUUCCCACACCGCGCGGAUUGUCUGCAGCUGAGUUUGGAGGUGCAGUUGUGAAUGGGGCCAUCAACGUGGCCUCUAACAUUGUUACAGCCUUGUUUGGCAGCAAUGGACGGCAGAAUCAGCCAUACAUCCCCCCUCAGCAGCAUGUCCCCCCUGAGCGGGACUACACCCCCCCUGCCCCCUCCUGGCCACCCCCUCCCACCAGUGUCUCCCCCAUGGACCAGCUUUUUGAGAUGGGCUUCGGCAACCGGGAGUUGAACCAGCGACUUCUGGACAAACACGGCAAUGACCUGAACCGAGUGGUGCCGGAACUGCUCGCCAUGAUGGACAACAACUGGCACGAACAGAGGCACUAGGGAGCAUCUUGUCAACAACACUAACCUAAACAACAUCCGUACUGUAUAGGGAGCAUCUCAAAACUUCAAACAACUCGCAAAACAACAUCUUAUACAUGUGUUACUAAGUUGGUAAGCAAUGUUGUAGCACUUAAGUGUAGGAAACAUCAUGAUUAUGUUUACUAGUAUUUUCUCUGAUAUGUGCUCUGCUCAUUUUGAACUUGGCCUGUGUAAGUAUGGCGUGACAAAUAUUAUGAUUGGGUGGGCUAAAAAUGGUGAUCAUUCAAAAGUACCCAACAAGCUACAUGUUUUGACAGAGGUAUGCAUUUAUUAGGGAAAAUAUGGUAAGUUCACAUAUUAUGGAAAAGAUGGUAUCUUCACAUAUUGGGUGGUAAAGAUUUCUGCCACAGUUGUGCAUUGGUUGGUAAAGUUAUAAGCUGGUUGCAAGUUAUUAGAGAUGGUGCCAUUCCUUGUACUGGAAUGUAUGUACAUGUACAUUGUAAAACAGAUUAAGUGCUUAGCGAUCGUCCUGUAUAGUUAUAGAAAAUAUAGAUAAUAUUAUAUAAAGUACAGUUCAAUUUACUGGUUAUCUGAUAAAAGUAAUUUUGGUGAUAUAGUAUGUAAUAAGCAAGUUACAAAUGACCAAAACAUGACUGAGUUAUGAUUAUGAAUGUAUAAGGAUGAAAAAUUCUGUAGAUUCAUUUGCAUUCUUCUAUUUUACAGUCAUGUACUGUAUGCUAUUUCUGUCUUAACCACUUCUUAACAAGUUAUACUAUCAGUUAUGGAAUGGUGGAAAGAAUGCUCAAGUUGGUAUUAUGUUUGGCUUUUUCUUGAUUCGUUCAUGGCUCAUCAUUGAAGUAGCUGUUAAAAGAAUUUAGGAAUCACCCCAUGGAUAAAUUAUCCAGUGAUAUGGAUAUGAUAAUCAAAGUAUAUACAUUUGUAUUAUGUAUUGUUGCCAGUUGGAGGAGAACUAACAUUCAGUACCCUAACAAGA